AUGGUCUUGCCACAGCAAACAACCCAAUUAUUCAAGUUAGGUUUGAUCUUUAUUGCUACAAUUGUUCUUGGUUGGUAUCUUUUCUCAGAUCACGAUUAUCAUGAGACAAUUCGAGUAGCAGUCUCAGGGAAGAAAGGUGUCUUCAUUCAGAAAGUUCUUCGCACAGAUAUUGAUGGACCUUUCGAUGAUUCACCCCUAACUGAACUCUGUGAAAACAUAGAAUGGAGAGAAGGAUUAGUAUUUCAAUGUGAAGCACCAUAUGGAGGAGUUGCAAACAUUCGAAAUACAUUACUGAAUUGUAUUCGAUAUGCUAUUGAAGCUGGAGCAACAUCAAUUGUCAUUCCAGAACUUAAACUUUGGAUACCUCAGAAUGAUAGUCCGAAUACACCAGAUCCAGAGCCGAAUACUGAAUUAGAAACUAGAAGAGAAAAAGACAAUACCGCACAUGUCCCAUUCUCACAUCUUUUCGAUCUGGAUUUCUUUAAAGAAUCUUUAAAUGAAGCUUGUCCUCGCAUCAAAUUCAUUCCACACGUCAACGAUUUAUAUACUGUUCCUAGCACACAAAAUCCACAUCCACUUGACCCAGGUUCAAUAUCAUCAGGAAAGCUAGAAGAACCAUUUGAAUCUCUUCUCGCAAAACCCGGCACAUGGGCCAAAGAUUUUACAAAGUGGCUUAAUGAGACAAAUACCAAAUUCUCAGAAAAACAACCUAUGCGAGUGACCAUCAAAGAAUCAUUACUACAUUGGCCAUUAAAUCAUGAUGAUUCCGACUUCGUGGCUCAAUUCGGUCGAAUCAUCCGUCCUAAUCUCGAAAUUCGCACUCUCGCCUCAACAGUCCUAUACACCUUAUCCCGAAAAUACAAUCUCCGCUACAACGCCAGCGAAGGAAUCCAAGAAAACAUGUACUACGGCGCACAUCUCCGCACCGGCCUCGACGCCAAAGCAGCAAACUGGACAAGUUUCGAAAAACAAUCCCAAAAUUACCUCCAAGCAUGUAAACACAAUAAACUCCGCGUAAUAUACUUAGUCUGCACCUCCGAAAACGAUAUUAAUCAUUUCACAUCCCUCGCGCACAAAUACACUACAUACGAUAUCCACGUCGCCACAGCCCAUACUCUCCUCUCCCUCCACCCUAAUGACCUAACCACUUACCUCACUCUCUCCUCCACCCAACGCGCAGUCCUAAACUCGGAAAUCCUCCUCAAAUCCUCCAUCUUUGGUGGUACAUACGAAUCGUCGUAUUCGUGGAAUAUAGCGCUUCGGAGACAUAUAGUUUGGGGGAAUGGAACGUGGAUCCCGCAGGGAAGAGAUUUUACGUUUGAUAGGGGGGAUCUGGUUAUGGAUUGGAAGGGGGAGGAUGCGGGUAUGAGGUGGGGUCCUGUAGGGGGUUAUGGUGGGGGUGGGUUUCAGAGUUUUAGGGAUGGUGCGAGGGGGGUUGAGGGGGUGGGUGGGGGUGGAGGAGAUGGGAGAUCGGGUGUGGGGGGGUAUGGGUUGAGUGUUGUUUUUGGGGAUCCAUUGAGAGGGCAGGAGUGGGAGAGGGGGUUGUGGCCUUAG